GGCUGCAGAUCCUCCGCCAGCACCGGCACCGCCGCAUCGCCCCGCACCGCCCCGCACCGCUCCGCACCGCUCCGCUCCGCACCGCCGGCCCCUCCAUCACCGCCCCUUCGCCGCCAUGAACUCACUGCUGUUCGGGGAGAUGGCCCGCGCCUUCUCCCCCACCGCCGCCUCCUCCUCCUCCUGCCCGCUGGGCCCCGGCGGCGGCGGCUCCGCGGCGGCCGGGGGGGGCCCGCCGGUGACGGCGGCGCUGCGGAACGACCUGGGCUCCAACAUCCACCUGCUCAAGGGGCUGAACGUGCGCUUCCGCUGCUUCCUGGCCAAGGUGCACGAGCUGGAGCGGCGGAACCGGCUGCUGGAGAAGCAGCUGGCGGCCCAGCAGAGCGAGCGCGACCGCCGGCUGCGCUACAAGACCUUCUCCCGGGACCAGGCGGUGCAGACGGACGGCGGGACCCCGCCGCUGGUGCCGCCGCCGGGGCCCGGGCACGGGGCGCUGCCGUCGCCGCCGCACUACGGGCGCCUGCCCGGCACCAUCUGGAGCUACACCCAGGUGCGGCGCACCGGCGGCGGCGGCCUGGAGACCGUGCAGGGCCCCGGCGUGUCCUGGGUGCACCCGGACGGCGUCGGGGUGCAGAUCGACACCAUCACCCCCGAGAUCCGCGCCCUCUACAACGUGCUGGCCAAAGUCAAGCGGGAGCGCGACGAGUACAAGAGGAAGUGGGAGGAGGAGCUGACGAGAAGGAUGAGCCUGGAAUCCAUGGUGGAAACGCUGCGAGAGGAGGCUCAGGAGGCUGAAGCUCUGCAGGAGGAGCUGAAUGAGAAGAUUGAGAGGCURAAAGCAGAGCUGGUGGUCUUUAAGGGUCUGAUGAGUGAUCCCAUGACAGACCUGGACACAAAGAUCCAAGAAAAGGCCAUGAAGGUGGACAUGGACAUCUGCCGCCGAAUCGAUAUCACGGCCAAGCUGUGCGAUGUCGCGCAGCAGCGCAACUCGGAAGACGUUUCCAAGAUUUUCCAGGUGGCCUCCAAGAAGAAGGAACGGAAGCUGCCAUCGGAUGAGGAGCUGUCAGAGCAGGAUGCUGACAAUGGGAGGUUCUCAGAUGAUGAGGUCAGCUGCUCCCUCAACAUCACGGAUGAGAUGAAGAGGAUGUUCAACCAGCUCCGCGAGACGUUUGAUUUCGAUGACGACUGUGACAGUUUAACGUGGGAGGAGAACGAGGAAACGCUGCUGCUUUGGGAAGACUUCACCAACUGCAAUCCCUCCAUUGAUCUCCAAGGAGAGGAAGAAAACCUGGGAAACUUGAUCCAYGAAACAGAGUCCUUCUUCAAAACGAGAGACAAGGAAUACCAGGAGACAAUAGGGCAGAUYGAGCUGGAGUUGGCCACAGCCAAGAGCGACAUGAACCGGCACCUGCACGAGUACAUGGAGAUGUGCAGCAUGAAGAGGGGGCUGGACGUGCAGAUGGAGACGUGCAGGAGGCUCAUCAAGGGCUCAGCUGACAGGAAUACUCCAUCUCCCAGCUCCGUAGCCAGCAGUGACUCAGGAAACACAGAUGAAAUYCAGGACGAUUUGGACAGAGAGACGGACGUGGAGCCCAUGGUCAGCUGAUAGGAAGCAGGAGCAUUCCAGAGAAGGGGAAGCUGGAGAGCAAAGAUCCAAAAGCAAUUGCUGGGGAAAGGUGAAAGACUCACGAGCCCCUGCAGAGGCUCUCUAAGGACUCAUCCCCUCCCACCCGAGGAUUGGUGCUGUACAUUUCUAUUGUUCCACAACCCACGAAUGCAGAGUCCUGUAGGAAAUCACGGUGUUUUAAUUGUGCCUUUGCCCCAAGCUGAGCYUCUUGGAGCUCCAGUGGAAUAUUAACAGCAGGUGUUUUUAUAGAAUAAUGCUAUUUAAAAAAAACAAA